AUGUCGACUUUGUCAGUGGUAGAACGCGGGCCUCCAGUAACACCAAGAGAAGGAUCCUACCCGCAACUCAGAAACAAGAGCAAGAUAGCUAAGGGAUGUCAUCUAUCGUCUGUUACACGUCUGCCGGUCGACAGUUCCAACCACUCUUUCGACCCUAAUGUUUGUCCAGUUAGAGGAUCGUCUCUUCUGUGCGUGGAGCCAUCUAGGGAGUAUAAAGCACCUCAUAACUCGCCAAGGAACACUAUUGCGUCACCAAGGAGCCCAUCUAAGGUAGAAGAUAUUCUCCCCGCUUCACACGAGGUUUCCCCUGAGAAUGAUCGACCCCUUAGUGUCGUUGGGGAGAGGUUCAGUUCACUUUCCGGAAUGGCAUCACGUGCUAUAUCCAGAGUGUCAUCUUAUGUCCCUCCAAGUCGUACGGAUACAAAUGCAUCAUUUUACAAUAAACCAGCCAAUGACUUAUCCGAGAUCACGCUGGCGUACGAAGACAGUGAGGAAGGAGAACCGAGCGUACCUCCACCUACUCCCUCAGAGUGCUCCAUCAGCAGCUUCAAAGUGGACGGAUUGAGGAUAGGUUCAGUGUGCGACACUAGAUGUACACAGAGCAAUAGAGAUUUCAACCCCGGGUACGUGAAACGAACCAAUUAUUGCUGCGAUAAAUGUGCCGAACGAAUGACCUGUCACGAGUCACUGGUGCUGGACUCGUGCUCCGCCUUCUACCCCUACCAGAAAUGCAACAGGAUAGACACUCUUGAACGAAGUACAUCACACUUCACUCCAGUCUCUGAUGAUAUCCAUACAUUUCUCGAGUCGUCAUUAUCUUAUUCUGUAGAUGAUGAACAGAGACGCCAGUUCUCCAGGCUGUGGGGAAAUGGACGUCUAGUGGACACGACUAAGUCGUCGCCUUCUCCCACGAAACUUAUAAUCCCUUCUAACAGUAACACCGGCUUCUCUUCCUCCUGUAGUAAAGCAUGUGUUAUAGAGCAACGUCAAGAUGAAUCAUCUGAUUCAGAGGAUGCAUUGGAUGAUGAAGCGGAGCUGGAAGUCACAGUCAGUGACUUAGAUAAUAAGGAACCGCUCACAGUGAUUAAGUGUCAACAAGCGGAAGCUAGCAACGUCAUCGGUCAUCCGGAACCGACAGCAGCGGAUGUAGAAAGAAAAGACCAUAUAGAGAAAGCGCCAGAUAGGAGUAAGACAAAAGUCGUAGACAAUGUGCAAACGUCCGGAACAAUGACCAGUGAAAGAGAGAAAAUGUCGUUCUGGUCCCCGGACUGGAAACUUCCCUCAAAACUAGAACUCUCCCAAGAAGAAACUGUUAUGGUAUCUCCGUGUGCAAGCAGGUCACAGCACCAAAGCGGUUUGCGAGAGCAAGAUGUGAUCGUGCUACCGUCAAUCUAUGUUAAAACAAAACCUAAAAGUGGAGUGUGCCGAGCCACGGUAACGGAAAGGAGCAGCUCGAAAACUGCUCUUAGUGAGAUAGACCGAAACUCGAACACCUGCGACGGUAUUACACCCAAACUGCAGGAUAAUCUGCCCCCGGCAGUGUUCGAUAGUGCAAAAGUCAAGCAGGUGUUGCAAGAAUGUGCAGAAAUUAUAGACGUUCCCAAGCGACAGCUCUUACCUGAGAUUACCAUGGUGCCAGACAACAGUGAGUUGUGUUACACACCUAUUGUGGAUAAACGCUAUAACAGAUGGAAGCGUAGGAGGCGCAAACGAAAUAAAGGAGAUGAGUCUGGUUAUAAAACUGUCUCACCCUGUGAGAGCUCCUCGGAUGAAAACAGGGAAAGUAUGAUCAAUGAUUCAUCUGUGUUGAACGUUAAACUCCGCAGGCGAAGGAAACUGCCCGAGGAAGACGACUUUGGGUACCAAGGAUCCAGUAGCCAUCCACAUGAUCUCCAUUAUGAUGGUAGCUGCGAGUUGAUGUCCUCCGACAAAGACUUCAACUCUUAUAACUUUCAGGAGGAUGUGAAUACCAGUGUUUGCCAUUCUAACGGCACUAUUGAGGAACACAAAGAGAGGAUACGUACUGUUAUAGAACAGCGAGCUAAAGAUACACUUCAACAAGAAGCAUUCAAUUUGAGUUCCUACAGCGGUCGAAAAGAAGAGCAAAAUGUGACUUCGGAUCUGGGCAGUUGUCUACUGCAGACUUCCCAAGUUACCAUAACCAGGAAGCCAUCUGUUGCCCCGACUCCUCCAACUAGGAAAGAUGAGGAAGAAAAUCUUACAAAAUCCACACCCAAGCUCCCAUGCUUCAAGGCAAAGAAACCAACCUACGCAAGAAAGACGAUGCCGUUUCAAGAAGACCAAAACAGGUAUUUUAAGCCAAUAGACAGAAGUCUUGUUUACCAUGCGGCUAGUGAUGGUGGUGCAGUCAUCAAAUUAAGCAAGUCCAAUCCAUCGGGCGACUCCCCUAGUCAGUCUUCUUCCGGCCUGGUCAGAAUCAGGAUGGACAAAGCUUCAAAAGAGAGAUUACUUCUGUCCAGAAUGGCAAGACAUAAAGUUGUUACUGGUAACCUACUCCCACGGAAGCGGCCAGUUUCUGAGGUAAAACUGCCCUCGAGUUCGUCAACAAACGGCGCCAUACCCCAACUCUCCCUAAACCAUCUCCUUCAGACGAUUCCAAACCACAGCACAAGCAAGAACAAACUGGUGGAAGAUAAUGACACUCCAAAGAAACAGGGAAACAUCACCAAUGUUAAGGAAUCACCCGCACUCGCCCCGGAAGUUGUGGGUUUACAGAAAAAACACGAAGGAUCCCCUACAGACACAUCGAAGAAAGAGCUGAAGCGAUCCCCCAAAAGAAAGUGUUCCUUUGCUAAGAAGCCUUUACUUGAUAUGAUGAACAAAGCUUAUUUUCGAGAAAUUGAAUUGAAAGUCAAAAAUCGUGACAUUGAAAGGGUGAGAAAUGUUUCGUCUUUAUCGUUUACACCAUCGUUUUCCUACUCUCUGUUUGAACUGCCGGAAAUAUACAAGAAAUACAACAAGGACAUUGAGAAUCGUGUGUCCAUGGCUUGGCCGGUGACUACGAAGUUAAAGCAACGAUGA